AUGACCAGCUUCAUCAUGGUGAGCGGCGUGAUCAAAGACGAGCAUUGGCCGGCUCGCACCCUGUACGAGCUGAACCUCUUCAGCUUCUUCGACCACACAACCAACAAGGAGAUCAACCCAGGAGCCCUACUUUGGCAGAUCGAGCUAGCCACCAACACCGAGGGUCACAAGACGGUCAAGAACAUGAGAGAUACAGCCUUCGUGACGGAGGACUCUGGAGGGCGGUCGCUGGCCAGCCUCUACAUCACCUUCUUUCAAGAUCGCCUCGACCACGGCUCCAAGAGCCCCAGCACUUCCGCGUCCUUGCUGCAGAUCCCCAAGCUCAACCGGAGCUACAACGAGUACAACAUCGACAAGGACUUCGUCAUUGACACAACCAUCUUCGCCUUCGGCCACCUGGUCGAUACUUUCAAGUCAAACAGCACUAUGGAGGAAGACGAGGACAUACGGCUUGCUGAGACAAGAGGGGGCUCAGGCCUCUACUACCUCGCUACCGGCCGCAAUUCGAACUAG